AUGGAGUUCAACAGCGCUUCGCCUUUCCCAGAAGGGGUCAUUUCCUUUCUAGACACUGACCUUUACAAGCUGACGAUGCAAUGCGCCGUUUUCAAAUUCUUCAGGGACGUUCCUGUGAGCUACUUAUACACGAACCGAACCCCUGAGAAGACGUUGUCUAGGGCUGCUUUCCGUUGGCUCGAGGAACAAAUCAACAAACUCGGCAACAUCUCUCUCUCGCCAGAAGAGUACCGGUUCUUGGAAACUCACUGCAGUUAUUUUACGGAGGAUUAUCUUGAAUACUUGAGGGAAUUCCGAUUACGACCCAGAGAACAAAUAUCUAUCAGGUUUACGCCGACUGGCGUGGACUCUGGAUCUGAUUCGGAUGUCGGUAGCAUCGACAUCAAGAUUCAAGGAUCGUGGUCGGAUACCAUCUUGUACGAAAUUCCGAUUCUCGCUCUGACUUCGGAAGCAUAUUUUCGCUUCAUGGACACAGACUGGAACUACGAUGGACAGGAGGACCUCGCUUUUGACAAGGGGAUGCGUCUCCUCGAGGCAGGGUGCAUUGUAUCUGAAUUCGGCACCAGACGGAGGCGUGACUACCACACUCAGGCUCUGGUUUUCCGGGGCCUGGUGAAGGCUUCCAAGGCCGCAGAGGCAAAGGGAUAUCCCGGAAAGCUCUCAGGCACGUCAAAUGUCCAUCUGGCCAUGCGUUUCGGCAUCCCCCCCGUCGGAACCGUUGCCCACGAGUGGUUCAUGGGCAUUGCCGCCAUUUUCGACGACUACAAGAAGGCCACCGAACUGGCCCUUGGUCAUUGGGUUGGCUGCUUCGGCUCCAACCUGGCUAUCGCAUUAACCGAUACCUUUGGCACCCCAGAGUUCCUCAAGUCAUUCAGUCUUCCAGUGCGGACUGUCGAAGGGGGCAUUCCAGCAGACGCCUUUAAAAGAGCGGAUGGCACUGCCAAGACCUACGCAGAGCUGUUCACUGGCGUGCGCCAAGACUCGGGAGAUCCGGCGGAAUAUGCUAAGCUGAUGCGAAACUAUUACGACCAGAAUGGCAUCAAGGAUAAAAAGGUCAUUGUCUUUUCGGACUCGCUGAAUAUUGAGCGUUGUUUGGAGUACAAGAAGAUUUCCGAGGGCCUUGGCUUUCAACCAACAUUCGGCGUCGGCACGUUUUUGACCAAUGAUUUUACUCACCUGAAGACGGGGAAAAAGUCGGUACCCUUGAAUAUUGUCAUCAAACUAAGCUCAGCGGCUGGACGGCCGGCAAUAAAAAUCAGUGACAAUGCAGGCAAAAACACUGGGGACAAGGAUCUCGUUGAGCGGGUCAAGAAAGAACUUGGUUACGUUGAACGAGACUGGAAAGAUGGCGAUGAGAGAUGUCGCUGGGGUAAAGAGGAGAGGGCACAAGCAUAG